UCUGCCGUUUUCAGCUCUGUUGUUUUAUCUUCAAGAGAAUAAAGACUCUUUGUUUUGUUUUUGUUUCUCUCCGUAUUUAUUAGAUUAUGAUGAUCACAGAUUUCAGACUGAAUCUGUUCAGCAGUUAGGAAACAGAAACAUCAUGAAGAAUGAUGAAGACGACACUGAUUAUCACGACACUUCUCAUGGCGAAAGAAGUUCAGAGGAGAGAUCACAAUCACCGGAUCCUAGUGUUGUGUCUAUGAAAAGUGACAAAUCAAUGAAGAAACCAAUUGAGUUAAAAGAUGGAGAUUCUCCACUGGAUCAAAGUUCUGAGGAAGCAUUACAUUUAUCGGACUUCAGUGUUUUGUCCUUGAAAAGUGACAAAUCAAUGAAGAAACCAAUUGAGUUAAAAGAUGGAGAUUCUCCACUGGAUCAAAGUUUGAGAUCACAUUCACCAAAUCCCAGUGUUGUGUCCUUGAAAAGUGACAAAUCAAUGAAGAAACCAAUCGAGUUAAAAGAUGGAGAUUCUCCACUGGAUCAAAGUUCUGAAGAAACAUCACAUUCGUCCGACCUCAGUGUUUUGUCCUUGAAAAGUGACAAGUCAAUGAAGAAACCAAUUGAGUUAAAAGACUGUGACUCUCAAUUUGAACAAAGUGCCUUACAGGAAUCAUAUUCACCUGAUCCCAGUACAGUUCAAUUUCCAGUUGACCAGAGACACGGGCAGCAAACAAAUGUUUCAGAGAUUCAACAAGGACUAAAAUCGUACAUGAAAAAGAAGCAUCAGUAUGUUUUAGAAGGACUGGAAAUACAAGGAAACCGAAAGCAUCUAAAUGAGAUCUACACCGAGCUCUACAUCAUAGAAGGAGAAACUGAAGAGAUCAUUAAUAAACACGAGUUUACUAUGAUGGAAAGAAGAGUGAAGACUGAUGCAGUGGAAGCAAAACCAAUCAAAUGCAGAGAUAUCUUUAGACCUUUACCUGGACAAGACAAAGCCAUCAGAACUGUGCUGACGAAGGGAGUCGCUGGCAUUGGAAAAACAGUCUCUGUGCAGAAGUUCAUCCUGGACUGGGCUGAGGAGAAGGAGAAUCAGGACGUCCAGCUCAUAUUUCCACUUCCUUUCAGAGAGAUCAAUCUGAUGAAGGACAAAAAGUUCAGUUUAGUUAGUCUUCUUCAGACUUUCUUUAUGAGAGAGAUAAGUUUACAUCUGAUUCAAAACUCUUCCAUCAUCUUCAUCUUUGAUGGUCUGGACGAGUGUCGUCUUCCUUUAAACUUUCACAACGAGACCCUACAGAAUAUGACCAAAGAGACAUCAGUGGACGUGCUGCUGACGAACCUGAUUAUGGGGAAUCUGCUUCCCUCUGCUCUCAUUUGGAUCACCUCCAGACCAGCAGCAGCAGAUCUCGUCCCCUCCGAGUGUGUCCAUCGAGUGACAGAGGUACGAGGCUUCAAUGACCCUCAGAAGGAGGAAUACUUCAGCAAGAGAAUCAGUGAUCAGAGUCUGGCCAAUACAAUGAUCUCACACCUGAAGUCCUCCAGGAGCCUCUACAUCAUGUGCCACAUCCCAGUGUUCUGCUGGAUCUCAGCCACUGUUCUGGAGAAGAUGUUGAGUGAAGCAGAGACUGCAGAGAUUCCCAAGACUCUCACUCAGAUGUACACACACUUCCUGAUGACCCAGAUCAACAUUAAAGGCACAAAGUACAAUGAGAAGAAAGUUGAAGAUAAAGAAAUGAUCCUCAAACUAGGGAAACUGGCGUAUGAGCAGCUGGAAAGAGGCAAUCUAAUCUUCUAUGAGGAAGACCUGAGAGAGUGUGGCAUUGAUGUGGCAGAAGCUUCAGUUUACUCAGGAUUGUGCACUCAGAUCUUCAGAGAAGAGUUUGGCUUGUAUCAGGGGAAAGUCUUCAGCUUUGUUCAUCUGAGCAUUCAGGAACAUCUAGCGGCUCUAUAUGUGCACCUCUCCUUUCACAACAGUGGUGAAAAUGUGCUUGUAAAAGGGAAAGCUAAUGAAUCAGAAAUACCUAUGACAAUGUCAGUCUUGCACAAGUCUGCAGUUGAUAAAACUUUGCAAAGCAAGACCGGGCAUCUGGAUCUGUUCCUUCGUUUCCUAAUGGGACUUUCAAUGGAGUUCAAUGAAAGCCUCCUGAAAGGACAUCUGAUGGAAAGAAAAAAGAUCCCCCUGGAAAGAGAAAAAACUAUUGAAUAUCUCAAGGAAAAAAUCACAAUGAGAAAGAACCAUUGUCCUGGAAUGAACAUCAUUCUGUUCCACUGUCUACAUGAACUUAACGAUCAUUCGCUCAGUGAGGAAACCCAAAGGUACCUGAUCUCUGAAAAUUUUAAAGAAAUCAAGUCUCAAGAACAAGGUUUGGCUUUGGUGUAUAUUUUAAUGACGUCAAAUGAGAAGUUUGAUGAGUUUGAACUACGCAAAUAUGGCAGAUCAGAUCAACUGCUUUGCUGGCUGAAUCCUGUGAUAAAACUGUCAACAAAGGCCAGGUUAAAUGACUGUAAUAUUACAGAUAAAGGCUGUGCUAUAUUGUCUAUGGCUCUUCCGCCAAUGUCCAAUCUCAGAGAGCUGGACUUGAGCAACAACAACCUGCAGGACUCAGGAGUAGAAAUACUCUGUUGUGGCAUAAAGACAUCACGCAAUGGAGAAUCAUUAAUGAAGGAAUGGUUAAGCAGUAUGAAAAACGUGUCAAUAGGUUCAGAAAAUCUUCCAGAACAGGAGAACAAUGAUUAUGAUGCUAUUCUGCAUUAUACCUCUGGACUACAAGAUAUGAACUGCCAACUGGAAUGUCUUAAUGUGAAGAACUGUGGCGUAACAGAAGCAGGCUGUGAUUACCUGGGCAAAGCUCUGAGUUUAAACCCUUCCCAUCUGAAAGUGCUGGACCUGAGCUGGAACACCAUUGGAGACUCAGGAGUGAAACACCUUUGUGCUGCUCUGGAGAAAGAUCACAGUGCACUAGAAACACUGAAAUUAGCCAAAUGUGGAUUGACAGAGGAAAGUUGUGCUGCUCUGGCUUCAGCUCUCAGCUUAAAGUCCUCCAGUCUGACAGAUCUGGAUCUGAGUAUUAAUGAUCUACAAAACUCAGGCGUACAGGAGCUCUGUGUGGGACUGCAGAAUCCUCACUGUAAACUACAGAAGCUGAGGUUGUCCAACUGUAAUGUAACUCAUGAAGGACUGACAGCCCUGACUGUAGCUCUGAAAUCAAAUCCAUCACAACUGAAAGAGCUCGAUCUUCUUGAGAACGAUCUGGAAGAGUCAGACUUGAACAUGAUUUACAUGAUAAUGGACAAAUCAUCAGAUAAUGAAUAGAAAAUUCUAGCAACUCUUUAUGUGUGAAUAAAGACACACAGAAACACUGUUUAAUGAAAUACAUUUAAAGAACUUCGUUAAAAAUAUAAACAUAAGCUGUAACAGUGUGAAAAAUGAAAGUAUCAUACACCAUGAUUGUAAUGCCAAGCUGAAAAUCCAAGCAAGAGAAGUCAAAGCUGGCAAUGAGGCUUAUCAGGAAAAUAAUUUCAGAAAGUGUGUAAAUAAAUGCAAAGUAUUCAAAACUA